GAGCCGGGGCCGGGGCCCAGGAGCGCGGGGCCCGGAGCGGCCGGAGCGCGGGCCGACCAGCCGCCGCCAUGAUGAGCACCAAGGCCUUCACCCUGGUCCCCGCGGUCGAACGGGAGCAGCUGAUGGGCGACAGAGAGCGGGUGUCGCUGGAGUGCGUGGAGUGCUGCGGUAGGAACCUGUACCUGGGCACCAGCGACUGCUUUGUGUACCACUUCCUGCUGGAGGAGAAGACCCUGCCCGCGGGGACUGCCACCUUCACUGCCACCCGGCAGCUGCACAGACACCUGGGCUUCAAGAAGGCAGUGAACGAGCUGCGGGCGGCGUCGGCCCUCAGCCGGCUGCUGGUGCUGUGUGACGGCUGCAUCUCCCUGGUCCACAUGCUGAGCCUGGAGCCCGUGCCGUCUGGCGCCCGCAUCAAGGGGGCCGCGGCGUUUGCCUUGAACGAGAACCCGGUGAGCGGGGACCCGUUCUGCGUGGAGGUCUGCAUCAUCUCGGUCAAGCGCAGGACCAUCCAGGUGUUCCUGGUGUACGAGGACCGCGUGCAGAUCGUCAGGGAGGUGUCGACGCCGGAGCAGCCGCUGGCUGUGGCGGUGGACGGCCACUUCCUGUGCCUGGCCCUGAGCACCCAGUACAUCAUCCUGAACUACAGCACGGGCGCCUCGCAGGACCUGUUCCCCUACUGCAGCGAGGAGAAGCGGCCGAUCGUCAAGAGGAUAGGGAGACAGGAGUUCCUCCUGGCGGGCCCCGGGGGACUGGGCAUGUUCGCCACAGUGGCCGGGAUAUCUCAGCGAGCCCCCGUGCACUGGUCGGAGAACGUCAUUGGGGCGGCCGUCUGCUUCCCCUACGUCAUCGCACUGGAUGACGAGUUCAUCACAGUUCACAGCAUGCUGGACCAGCAGCAGAAGCAGACUCUACCCUUUAAGGAAGGCCACAUCCUCCAGGAUUUUGAAGGAAGAGUCAUUGUCGCCACAAAUAAAGGAGUUUACAUCUUGGUUCCGCGGCCUCUGGAGGAGCAGGUGCAGGGUCUCCUAGCAAGCCACAGGGUGGAGGAGGCCCUUGUGCUGGCCAAAGGCGCCCGGAGGAACAUUCCAAAGGAAAAGUUUCAGGUCAUGUACAGGCGGGUUCUGCAGCAGGCAGGCUUCAUACAGUUUGCGCAGCUCCAAUUCCUGGAGGCUAAAGAACUUUUCAGGAGCGGCCAACUCGACGUGCGGGAGCUCAUCUCUCUCUAUCCCUUCCUGCUGCCCACCUCCUCCUCGUUCACCCGGUCCCACCCUCCUCUCCACGAGUAUGCAGACCUCAACCAACUGACCCAGGGCGACCAGGAGAAGGUGACCAGGUGCAAGCGCUUCCUCAUGUCCUACCUGAAUGAGGUCCGCAGCACGGAGAUGGCCAACGGCUACAAGGAGGACGUCGACACGGCCCUGCUCAAGCUGUACGCGGAGGCCGACCACGACAGCCUGCUGGACCUCCUGGUCACCGAGAACUUCUGUCUGCUCACCGACAGUGCCGCCUGGCUGGAGAAGCACAAAAAGUACUUUGCCCUGGGUUUGCUGUAUCAUUACAACAAGCAGGAUGCUGCUGCAGUUCAGCUGUGGGUGAACAUUGUCAACGGGGAUGUCCAGGACGCCACACGCUCAGACCUGUACGAGUAUGUGGUGGAUUUCCUCACCUACAGCCUCGACUCCGACCUCGUGUGGACCUACGCCGACUGGGUCCUGCAGAAGAGCCAGGAGGUCGGAGUUCAGGUUUUCACCAAGAGACCGCUGGAUAACCAGCAGGGUAGUUUUAACCCAGACGAUAUUAUCACUUGCCUUAAGAAGUACCCUCGGGCUCUGGUGAAGUACCUGGAACAUCUGGUCAUGGACAGGAGACUGCAGAGGGAGGAGUACCACACGCACUUGGCCAUGCUCUACCUGGAUGAGGUGCUGCAGCAGAAGCCCGGCGCCGACGCCACAGGUGCAGCAGUGACCGAGACGCGGGCGAAGCUGCGACACCUGCUCCAGAAAUCCGACUCGUACCGAGUCCACUUCCUCCUGGACAGGAUCCGGGGCGCCGGGCUUCCUAUGGAGAGCGCCAUCCUGCAUGGGAAGCUGGAGCAGCACGAGGACGCCCUGCGCAUCCUCGUCCAUGAGCUGGCGGACUUCCCGGCGGCGGAGGACUACUGCCUGUGGCGAUCCGAGGGCAGAGACCCACCCUACCGCCAGCGGCUCUUCCACCUGCUGCUGGCCCUCUACCUCGGCCCUGGUCCCUCCUCGACUGAGCUGACCGUGGCCGCCGUGGACCUCCUAAACCGCCACGCCGCCGAGUUUGACGCCGCUCAGGUCCUGCAGCUGCUGCCAGGCUCGUGGUCGGUGCAGCUGCUCUGCCCGUUCCUAACGGGGGCCGUGAGGGACAGCAUCCACGCUCGGAGGACCACCCAGGUGGCCGUGGGCCUGGCCAAGUCCGAAAACCUGAUCUACAAAUAUGACAAGAUGAAGCUGAAAGGAAGCUCUGUUCGGCUCUCAGACAAAAAGCUCUGCCAGUUGUGCCAAACCCCGUUCUCCGAGCCUGCGUUUGUCAGGUUCCCCAACGGGGGGCUUGUCCACACCCACUGUGCGGCCAGCAGACACACGAACCCCCGCUCCCCGAGCCCCGGGGCCCGGACUUGACAGGCCUGGCUGGGGGCUCCUCACCAAGCCUGUCGGGCACCCAGAGCAGAGGCCGCUGCGCUCGCACCAGCCGUGGCCGAGGGACAGCAUCUGAUGCUGGGAAAUGGGCUCUUCGCAGCCAUCGGAUGUCAAUGCACGGUCCCCCCAAAGACUCGCCAGACUUGCCUGUCCAGGCACAUCACGACCCCAGACUCUUCCCAGACACCGCCCCCCCUCGCCACCCAGACAACCCCCCCACCGUGCCCCGAUCUGUAGAUGCACAUGUGCUCUGGAAAUGUCUGCUCCAUGGGGACCGGUGGCGGGGGGUGGGGGUGGGGGGCACCAUCCUCAUCCUCACCGAUCGGCCGCUGGCCCCAUCUCGGGCUCUGCCCUGGGGACCGUGGACCUUAGGGAAGUAUCUGUUCCUUCCCACCCCACCCCCCACCCCCCACCCCCCAAAAGGCCUGCCUGUGCACCCAAGCCCCCGCUUUGGGUAAAUUCAUUCACUCUGGAUGCCUCACAGUGAGGGCCCUGAGGACAUGGGUCUGGAAGUCGGUGGCAGGGACGAAACCCACACCGUCUGCUGGUUCGAAACUCCACGAUGGCCGUGUUGGACUGGAAGUUUUUAUUUAAAGUUACAUCCUCUUUGUGGUUUCUCUCUCGUUCAGCAGUGCACCUGUCAUGUUCGUUAGGGACGUUUUUCCUUGUUAAAAUGUAUCCUCUGAUGACUUGGGUGAAAAGCGAAAGGCCGGGGACACCAAGCCAAGUAUACCCUGCAGGGUGGCCUGGGUGGGGCUGGCCAUGGGUGACAGCCGCUGCUCAGUGACGGGGAAUCCACCUCCUCCCGAGGGAGUGCUGCCUGCGAGGAAGUCCAGUCAGGCCGCCUUACCUCCAACACUUUACCCCCUGCCCCGUGGCCUCCUGCACACACGGGACAGAGGGGACAGAUGCUCCCCAGCCUCACAGACCCGGCGUCCCCAAGGAAGCUGACGCUGUGGUUAUUUCACUGCCCUCUUCUGCAUUUCUUCCUGGCGGGGAUUGACUCUAUCAGGGACUAACAAUAAAAGGCCAUGUCCCCAGCCGUGCGGCCUGGCAGCCUCUCAUCAGCCUAUGUGUGACCAGGGGACCCUGGGAGCCAUCCCUCCCUCCAGUCCAGGCCUUACGGACGGGGACACAGAUCAGCCCCUGUUCCGGAAAAACAUUUUCUGUACUAAUAAUGGUCUACAGUCUCUCCUCUUGGGAUCCUGCCCAGGCCGGAAAGCAAAGACAUCCAUGCUCUUUCCUACUGGGUCUCAAUUUCUAAGGAAUAAAUGAUGGAGAAAUUCCA